CAAGGAAUUAAAAACCUAUUUGAAGAAAUAAUGACAGAAAACUUCCCUAACCUGGUGAAGGAAAUAGAUAUACAAGCACAGAAAGCACAGAGAGCCCCAAACAAGAUGAACCCAAAGAGUUUUCUGGGUUCCGGCCUGGUUUGCAGUGACAUGGCUAAAUACAUGAAGAAGGUCGGAAUCAUUGGUAAAUACGGGACUUGUUAUGGUGCCUCCUUCAGAAAAGUCAAGAAAGUUGAAAUCAGCCAGCAUGCCAAGUACACUUGCUCCUUCUGUGGCAAAACCAAGAUGAAGAGACAAGCUGUAGGGAUCUGGCACUGUGGUUCUUGCGUGAAAACAGUAGCUGGUGAUGCCUGGAGCUACAACACCACUUCUGCCAUCACAGUAAAGUCUGCCAUCAGAAGACUGAAGUAAUUGAAUGACCAGUAAAUGCUCCACAAUUGAAACAUUGCUAGCCUACAAUAAAUGGGUUAAUUUAUGUAACAAAAUUAGUUUGUUAAUUUUAUUAAUUAGAUGUUCUGGUUUGCAUUGCAUUGAUUUUGCUUUCUCAAAAAAGACUUGGAAAUUAAAAUCCUUCUAAUUUUUCAGUAGCCAAGUGAUAUAUGACAUAAGAGUAUAAGCUUUACAGAUUAGGUAGGUGUCUUAGCUUUUUUAUAAGUUUGGGGUUUUUGGCCAGUUCAACUUUUUUGAGAUACAUUGGUUCAAAUUGUGCAAACUCAUUUGUAAAUCACAGUUAAUAUUUUUUAAUGUUUCUAAAGAUAGGAUGACAUAUCCUUCCUCUUAACUUUUCGUGUUUUCUUUGACCAUUGUAUCAGCAUUUUCAGAAAUCAGUGUGAAACAAUUAGAAUUUCAGAACAAAUUUUGCAAAUAUCUACACUCUUCAUUUUUUAGUUUGUGCACAAGGAUUCGCAGGAUUGAAUUACUCAAGUUGCUAUAGACAGUCACACUAAUAAAAGAAAUUCUUUUGAGAUAAAAUUAAAAAAUGAAUCCAAAGAGGCCAACAUCAAGGUACAUCAUAACUAAAAUGCCAAAGGUUAAAGACAAAGAGAGAAUCUUAAAUGCAGCAAGAAAAAA